CACAAGUCUCUCCCCUGGCCUUCAGCCCCGCAUCAUCAGUGGCAUGCUGGGCAUCUCAAGCUGGAUGUCCCGGAGACUCGUCAGACUCUCCUGGCUGGGAGGGUGGACAGCUUUUUCUAGGAGUUUGGCUGAGAAAGGGAAGAGAGAGAUAGAGGAAUAAGCCCACGGUUAGAGUGGGGUCAAAAGAUAGUUGUUUUAAGUAUGGCAGAGAUGAGUAUGUUGAAAGCAAUAGGGAAGGAACGACUAAUAGAUAGGGGAGAGCUUGAAUAUGGAGGGGAAGGGCACAGUUGAGGUGGUGAUCCGCUGGAGAAUAGGGAAAGGGAAAGAACGGGAUCAUUAUAUAAGGAAAGUUGUCAGAUGCUGGGGGUCCUUCCAUCGGGGGUCCUUCCAUCAGGGGUCCUGGGAUUUUGAGAUGAAGAGAAAGGAAGAAGACAUUCCUGAGGAAUGGCCUCUGUUUUCUCGGUGAAUGGCGCACCAACCCGCUGAUUAUGUGGUCUGGCUGGCAAAUGACACUGAUGCACCACAAAACGGAGAGGACAAAAUUAAUCCAUUCAACAACACGACCAUCCGUAGAGAUUUCAUCAGAAAAGUAUUCUUCGUCUUGACAUUUCAGUUGAUGAUAACAUUGGGAGUAAUCUGCUUGUUUAUUUUCUGCAUACCUCUAAAAACUUGGGUGCUCCUGAAUCCCUGGUUCACUUAUGCUCUCUUCCCAAUACUUUUUGCCCUGAUCAUUAUACUGUCUUGCUGUGAAAAUGUCCGUCAUAAAGUGCCAGCGAAUUUCUUUUUCCUCUUCAUUUUUACGCUUGUGGAAGGGCUGCUGCUGGGAGCUGUAACUGUUUUCUAUCAAGCUGAAGAAGUGAUGUGGGCAAUAGGAGGGACGGCUUUGGUGACCUGGGGCCUCACUUUGUUUGCGCUACAGACAAAAAUCGAUUUCACCAGCUUCUCUGCCAUUCUCUGGGCUGUAUUUCUCAUGCUACUCCUCUAUGGAACUCUUUAUUUCUUUAUGCCCUCCUAUUGGCUGCGUUUGAUAUAUGCCUCCCUUGGGACUCUGUUAUUUUCAGUGUACCUAGUGUUUGACAUACAGUUUAUGCUGAAAAGGAGCCAUCAGUAUGACUGGAAUCCUGAGGAAUAUGUCUUUGCUGCCCUGAAUGUCUACCUGGACAUCGUCAAUAUUUUUGUGUUUAUUCUGGAGUUAAUUUCCCAAGACCAGUAACUCAGCUCAGUCCUCCAUAGUGAAUACAGGAACACUGCUGACGU